AUGUCCAAAGAUAACGAGGCGCAUAAAGAAGCCAAAGAAGCUGAUUCAAAAAGCUUAGAUGUCAACAUCGAGGAACAAUCAAGUAUUGGUGAAAAAAAUUCCAUUUUGAAAACAGAUGUUGAUGAGUAUAGCAUCCCUUUUAAGAAAAGAUGGGAACUUUUUUGGUCCACCAAGAGUCCUCGAGCUCCUAAAGAGAAAAGAAAGCCAUUUUUCUGGAAUCCACCAGGUCGUUCAAAAUAUGAAAAGAAAUUAGUGUUCAAACUUGAUUGUAUCAUCUUGACUUAUGUUUGUCUUAGUUUUUUCAUCAGAUAUCUUGAUCAAUCUAAUAUAUCUAAUGCAUAUGUCUCUGGUAUGAAAGAAGAUUUGAAUUUACACGGAUCCAUGUAUAACUGGUUGACCAUGUCUUUUUACAUUGUUUAUUCCGUGAUGGGAUUACCACUAACUGUUCUUGUUACCAAGGUAAAACCACAUAUCUUAUUACCAAUUCUUGAAAUUCUAUGGGGGCUCAUGUGUUUACUGGUGAUUACAUGCAAAAGUUACAAGACUUUGAUGGUUGUUAGAUUGAUACAGGGUGGUCUUGAAGUGAGUUAUAAUCUUUGA